CAGACGAUCGUCAGUGAUUUUUGUAAAACACUUGCAUUUUAAGCUUCCAAACUUAACCGUAUUCCACAGAAUACUAGACUCAGUUGCUUCUGGAAACUGAGUCUAGGAGUUGAAAACUGGAAAUGAACAAUUAACUUGAACAGUCUGUCAUGCAUUUUUACCAGUCGGGCAAAAGUUACUUUUUUUCCCCCCCAACUACAAAACAAAGUGAGUUUAUAUGAAGAUGCCCUCUUCUGGAUGACAAGUGAGUGCCAAAAAGAUGUUGUGGCUGUUGCAGCUCGUAAAUUGGAGGAUGCUCAAGCAUUUUCCAUAAAACACAACAUCUCUAAGGCUUAUGGCAGCUAUGAGGAGAUGGCCAGAGAUCCAGACAUUGAUGUUGUGUAUGUUGGAGUCAUCCACCCGUACCAUCUGCAGGCCUGUAAACUUUUCACAAAUGCUAAAAAGAAUGUUCUGUGUGAGAAGCCACUGGCCAUGAACGUCAAGGAAGUGAAAGAGAUUCUGGACUCUGCCAAAAAGAAUGACGUCUUCCUCAUGGAGGCUGUGUGGACACGGUUUUUCCCGGUCUCUGUAGAGAUCAGAAGGCUGCUGGCUCAGCAGUACAUAGGGGAGGUGAAGAUGGUCCGUGCAAACUUUGGUGUGCCACUGUUGCACGUGCCAAGAGCAGUUCAGAAGGACCUCGGUGGAGGAGCAUUACUAGAUCUUGGUAUCUACUGCCUUCAAUUCAUAAAUAUGGUGUACAAAGGAGAGAAGCCGGAGAGUAUCCAAGCCAGCGGGGCCUUACUGGAGACGGGAGUGGAUGAGACUGUGACUGCCAUUCUAAAGUAUUCUGAAAAAAGAAUGGCAACAAUCAGCUGCUCUUCUGGGUGUCUUCUGGACAAUGAUGCAUUUAUUGGUGGUACAAAGGGCACAAUCCAGGUCCUUUCACAUAUGUGGUGCCCCACAUCACUGGUUGUUAAUGGGAAGGAGACCCAUUAUCCGGUACCUGAACCCUACUUGCCUCUCAACUUUACCAACAGCACAGGGAUGCGUUACGAAGCAGAGGAGGUCCGCCAAUGUCUGCUCAAGGGACUGAAGGAGAGUCCAGUCAUGUCCCAUGCUGACUCUCUGCUGCUGGCUGAAAUGGAGGAUGAGAUUCGCCGGCAGGUGGGAGUGGUGUACAGCCAGGACAGCCAGUAAAAGUUUGACUCAUUUCUGCUGUGAUUAAAUACAACCAGUUUACAAUGGAGACUAGUUAAUUCAAGAAUAGUUCACGUGAUUAAAAAAUGUUUAGAAUUUUGUCAGAAAACAACACUGCUUGACCUCCAACUUUGAUGAAUUUCUUAUAAAUUUUUGAAAUGUAAACCACUCAAGACGACCUCUCAACCACAUGAGAGAGGUUAUGAAGCUGUUAUCUUAUGUCAUCUCACAUGUUACACACCAGCUUUGUGUACAGAUGUAUUGAAACUCACUGAGCACAGUCAACAAUGAAAUGUAAAAUCUUUGACAAUAUGUGAAAUAAAUGCUAUAGCCAAUUUCU